AAUGAUUGAUACUGCAUGAUUCAGUACUAUUUUCUCAUGUUUGAGAUUCUUCGAUUCCAGGCAAAUAGAAUUUUAAGGCAAAAGAUUGUUGAGGAUCAGUUUCUCGAUCUUGUUAGUGUUGAAACAGAAGUGCGCUCAGUUUACAAAGAGCUCUACAGCAUUUACAAAACUACACUCAAAUCCAAGAGUUCAAUAAAUGAGGUGAAUCAGGUUGCUCAGCUGAGGAUCAUCAUAAAACCAAAAUCCUGCAAUGGUGUUGGGCCAUUGUGCACUGCACAACAGAUCUGCUAUCAUGUUCUUGGCCUUGUUCAUGGCAUAUGGACACCCGUUCCUCAAGCUGUGGAAGAUUACAUUGCAACUCCAAAACCUAAUGGCUACCAAAGUCUACACACAACAGUGAUACCAUUUCUUAACGAGAGUAUGUUUCAUUUGGAAGUUCAGAUAAGAACAGAAGAUAUGGAUUUAAUAGCUGAAAUAGGCAUUGCUGCACAUUACAGUGGAAGAGGAGUGGUUUCUGGACCUGUUCGGCCUGGAAUAUCAAGUGGAAGAAAUGCCAAGGGGAAAGUAAUCUGCUUGAACAACACAAGAUUUGAUGGCCGCCGACGCGAUGGUAGGGAUGGCAACCGUGGACGCUGUGGUCGUGGCUUUGGUAACAAGCAGAGCGUUGGCACUCCCAGUGCAGGAAAGAAGACCACUUUUGGUGAUGAUUGA